CUCAGGACACUGCAGAUAGAAAAAUUAUCCACACUGAAGCUGAAGCGAUGACAAAGAACGCAGAACACAUUUUCAUUUUACUGCUCUCUCUGAUGACAGCAGUAGCUCCCGGGAAUGCAACUGACACCUGUCCAGAUGUGAGCAUUGUGGGCCUGAAUGGUAAUGAAAAGCUCGCCAUCCUCCGAGGAUGUCCAGGCGUACCUGGUGCGACAGGGCCAAAAGGAGACCCAGGAACUAAUGGUGCAAAAGGAGAGAAAGGCCUUCAAGGAACCCCAGGAGAAAUUGCACCUGGUGGUGUACAAGGAGAGAAAGGUGAUGUGGGUCCUACUGGCCCAAAAGGGGACAAAGGAGAGCCAGGCCCCCCAGGAACAUUAGGUGGAGAAAAAGGGCUGGAUGACUUCCACUGUAGGCAAGGGGCAAAGAACUGCAAAGAGCUCUUGGCCAAGGGGGUGAUCCUGAGUGGCUGGUACACCAUCUACCCCUGGGACUGUGUGCCACUGACCGUGCUGUGUGACAUGGACACGGAUGGAGGCGGCUGGAUUGUAUUCCAGAGACGGACCGAUGGCUCUGUGGAUUUUUUCCAGGACUGGAACUCUUACAAGAGAGGAUUUGGAAGGCAACUCACUGAUUUCUGGCUGGGGAAUGACAACAUUCACCAAUUGACCUCACUAGGAGAAAAUGAGCUGCGCAUUGAUUUCAUUGAUUUUGACAACAGACACACUGUGGCCAAAUAUGAGACCUUCAACAUUUCAGGGGAGGCAGAUCAGUACAGACUGGGACUUGGAGCCUUCCUUGAGGGCACUGCAGGUGAUUCACUCACUUCCCACAACAACAUGCCUUUCUCCACCAAAGACAGACAGCAGGAUCCUGGCAACAAUAACUGUGCAGUGACUUACAAAGGAGCUUGGUGGUACAACAGCUGCCACCACAGCAACCUCAAUGGGAUGUACUGGCUUGGGUCUCACUCCUCUUAUGCUGAUGGUGUGAACUGGAGAACCGGCAAAGGGUACAACUAUUCCUACAAACGCUCGGAAAUGAAAUUCAGGCCCCGGGAAUAGUCAAAAUUGGUGAGACAGCUGUCUCUUCAACUGCAUUUGAGAAGAGACAGUUUCCCUAUUUCCUGCCAGGAUGAGGGAAUGCAAAGUUGACAUCUUACAAAUCCUCUGUUUUAAUAGUGCUUCCACCACAGGCUAAUGAAUACAGUGGCAAAAGGUUCAGUUGGGAUUUUUUUGCCACUGACAUGCAAAUGUCUUGAGCCAGCUGGAAUCCCAACCAAGCCAACAUCUUCACGUGUUAGUUCAUACGGACACAUAUCUCUAGUAUGCCUGCUGAGCAGAAAUGAACGACUCUUUGAUAAUAUAAGGAUUUUGGUUUAUUAUUCUGGCAACAUUCACAACAAAGUUAAAUAAAAUCAUAAUAUUGUAAUGUGUG